AUUCCUCCCAUCAGGUCCAAAGAACACCACAGUGAGUUCCAAGUUUCUUUCACAUAUCCACUCUGACAGACACGCAUUCCAACCCCGUCCUGUAGGAUUCAGGGUGGGUCGUUCCCUUCCCUCCGACAGCUGUUUUUCCAUCUAGUGGAGUUGGAACAGGAAAACCUGAGGUAUCUCCCACCUCUCUACACUAACACAUGGGAUCUGAACGAGUCCGUCCGUGUGUGUUGCUUCACAGCAGUCUGUUUGGGAUCGUCUGGUCACUCAGUCUGGACAUCAGUUCCUACCUGGUCCACAGACAGGCUAAUAGUUGAUCCUUUAACUGAGGAGUGAAAAGACAGAGCGUAGCCGAGUCCCGGAGACCACAGGUUGCCCUGCCAUCUCCCUGUUACCACCUCCAGCAAGGCAUCAUCCAUGGCUAAAGGCUUCUACAUCAGUAAGAACAUGGGGCUAGCAGGUCUUCUGAUGGGGGCUGUAGCAGUGGUCAUCAUCAUAGCCCUGGCAGCAGUCUACGAUAAAGAAAAGACCAAGAACCAGAAUAAACCUGUGGAUGGUGUGGCCACUGCCUCUCCAACCACCUCCUCCACCUUCUCCACUCCUAAAGACCCCUGGGAACACUACAGACUGCCUGACUCCCUGUCUCCUGUCUCAUACAACAUCACCCUCUGGCCUCGACUGGUUGUCAACGCCUCUACUGGCCUCUACAUCUUCACAGGACAGUCAGCUGUGGUGUUCCAGUGUAAGAAGGACACAGAUCUGAUCGUCAUCCACUGUAACAAGCUGAACCUGACUCUGCUCAACGGCCACCAUGCUAGACUGACUGGCCUGGAUGGAGCGACUGCUCCCACCGUAAAGACUAGCUGGCUGCAGGUGAAGACGGAGUACCUGGUCAUUCAGCUGAAUGGGAAGCUAACUGCUGGGAAGUCCUAUAGACUUUCCACAGACUUCCAGGGAGAGCUGGCUGAUGACCUGAAAGGAUUCUAUAGGAGUGAAUAUACAGAAGAUGGUG